AGUGCACCCUGGUUUACAUUUUUGCGGUGUUGUUAUAGAUAUAAACAAACAAACAAAUAACAAAUUCUAUCAGAAAUGGAAGAACCGGGAGUUAUUAAAAAAUUAGACGAAGUUGUAGUGAAUCGUAUAGCAGCUGGCGAAAUUAUACAAAGACCAGCCAAUGCUUUAAAAGAGUUACUGGAAAAUAGUCUGGAUGCUAAAUCAAGUUUCAUACAAGUGACCGUAAAAUCGGGUGGUCUAAAACUCUUGCAGAUACAAGAUAAUGGUACCGGUAUACGUAAAGAGGAUUUGGCUAUAGUAUGUGAACGUUUUACCACUUCUAAACUAACAAAAUUUGAAGACUUAACAAGUAUUGCCACUUUCGGGUUUCGUGGCGAGGCUUUGUCGAGCAUAAGUCAUGUGGCGCACUUAACAAUACAAACAAAAACGGUGAAAGAGAAAUGUGGCUAUAAAGCUUCCUACGAAGACGGCAAACUUAAGGCAGCACCCAAACCUUGUGCCGGUAAUCAGGGUACUAUUAUUACCAUUGAGGAUUUGUUUUACAAUAUGCCUCAACGUAAACAAGCUUUAAAAUCUCCCAAUGAGGAGUUUCAGAAAAUAUCCGAUGUCAUGUCUAAAUAUGCGGUGCAUAAUUCUAAAGUGGGUUUCAUGCUGAAGAAGUUUGGCGAACAACCUGCCUUGAAAACGGCUCCCAAUAGCACGCAGGAGUUGAAUAUACAGACAAUAUUUGGCGCUAAUAUUGCCAAGGAGCUAAUGGCUGUGGAGCUGAAAGAUGCCGUUCAUAAGUUCAGCAUGAAGGGUUUUAUAACUAAAGUCAAUUUUAAUGCUAAAAAGGGAAUAAUGCUGUUGUUUAUCAAUCAUCGUUUAGUGGAAUCGGCAGCUCUAAAAGCUGCCAUUGAUACAGUAUACAGCACUUAUUUACCCAAAGGCAUGCACCCAUUCGUCUACAUGAGCCUCGAACUAGAACCCUCAAAUGUCGAUGUCAAUGUUCAUCCCACUAAACAUGAAGUACAUUUCCUAUACGAAGAUGAAAUUAUCGACAAAAUCAAAGCACAAGUAGAAACACAACUGCUGGGCAGUAAUUCCACGAGAACAUUUUACAAACAACUUAAACUACCAGGAGUAACUGAAACACCAGAAGCGGACCAAUCGUUUAAGACAGCUUUAGGAGAAAAAGUCUAUGCUAAAGAUAUGAUUAGAACCGAUAAUAAAGAACAAAAACUAGACAAGUUCUUGUUUACGACAGCAGUAUCAAAAAGUGAUUCUGCCUGUUCCUCCAUGAGUUUGAGUGGUUCCAGUGGUAAUAGUUUUUUGGGUGAAGAAAGUUUUCGUGAUGUGGCUGCUCGGAAAUCCAAGGAAGUACGUUUAAGUAGUGUUUUAGCAAUGCAAAAGAAAAUUGAAAAUGGCUGUUCGGUACAUUUGAGAAAAAUUCUAAAGGAAAUGGUGUUUGUGGGGGUAGUGGAUAAACACUUUGCCCUGUUUCAGCAUGAAACUAAACUUUAUAUGGCGAAUACAUUGAAAUUAAGUGAAGAGUUAUUUUAUCAACGUUUGGUGUAUGAGUUUCAAAAUCUGUCUCAAAUCAAAAUUAUACCAGAUAAAUUACCCAUUAAAGAUUUGAUAUUGAUUGCUUUAAACUCCUCUGAAAGUGGCUGGACUGAGGAAGAUGGUGAUAAAGAAGAAUUGGCUAAAAAUGCUGCUGAGAUACUUUUAGAAAAGGCACCCAUUAUGCGUGAAUAUUUUUCACUUACUGUUUCGGCAGAAGGAGAAUUAGAAACUUUACCCUCCUUAUUAAAGCAGCAUAGUCCCAGUAAGACAUAUUUGCCUUUAUUUAUGUUACGCUUAGCCACCGAAGUUGAAUGGGAUACGGAAGAGGAAUGUUUUGAGACAUUUUGUCGAGAAACAGCCAAUUAUUAUUCGAUUGUAGCGGAGGUGGAAUUGCAGGCAGAACCUAAACGUCACAAGUGGCAGGUGGAGCAUGUUUUGUAUCCAGCUUUUAAAAAAUAUUUAUUACCGAAUAAUCAAAUGAAAAAACAUUUCUAUGAAUUAACAAAUUUACCCACUUUAUACAAAGUUUUUGAGAGAUGUUAAGUAGUUUUUAAGUUAAGUGCAUGUUUUUGUAAUUAAGGCGAUUAUUAAAAUAUAUUAUUGCUUUUGGAAUACAAAAA